AACGAUUGAAAGUUAGCAGUCAGAAUUUCAGGUUAUCUUAUGUGUAUUAUUGAUGGUUAGUUGAUGGACUGUUUAAUCAUUUAGUGAAAAUGAACCGUGAUAUGAAUAUGAACACUGGUGCAAGCUCUUCAGAUUCUGUAAGACCACCAAAUAUUUUAUCAGAACUAACAUCUGAAGAAAAAAUAGUUCUUAAACGCUUGAAAAAUGAAGCUUUUAUGUACAGAGGUCUGCCAACAGCUUUUGUUGCAAUGUCAGUCACACAGUUGUGGUUAUCACGUAGGUUUCCCAACCUAUCCACAGUUCGCAGAGUUGGGUUAUGUUUAUUUUCAGGGGUGAUGGGUAACUUUGCUGGUCAAGUAUCAUACGUACCCAGGCUUAAAAAAAGACUUGAACGUGAUUUGCCAGAGGAUUCAAACUUGAGAAAAUUAAUAUUCUCGAAUAAUGACAAGAUGGCAUCAGCAAUAACAACUCCAGAUUCUGGUUUUACAAUGGCUGAAACUGACAAACCUCAAGUAAACUAUAAUGAAGAUGAAACAAAUGUACCUUCAAAACUUCCAACUUAUAAUUCUUAUGAAGAAAUGAGAAAGACACAUCGAUCAAGUGGAGUUACAAACACCCAGUCAAAUAAUACAAGUCAAUGGCCAAGCUUACCACAAAAUACUAACCAAACUAAUCAAGGUGAAAAGAUCAAAUACAAUAAAUAUGGAGAUCCAAUCCAAGAUUAGUGAAACUGUUUGCAAAUUGUAUACUAUGUGUGUUUACUGUAAUAACUAAUAAUUACAUACUUUUUAAUUCUUACAACAUAACUUUUUGGUUUGGUAAUUAUUAAUAAAGCAUGCAGUUGAUUAGAAACAUAAAUUACAAUGCUUUAAAGU